UGUGAAGCAUGCGCAUUGAAACGCAUAAUGCGAAAGCCCGGUCUCACUAUUGUCGUACUUUCGUAGUGCUAUAUCCGCAGAAGGCCGUAAUUUAUUUUUUACCCGAGUGAAAUACCUAUUUUCCUCCUGUAAUUGGUGAUACUAUAUAAGUAAAUACUAGCAGAGAGAUUCUUUCUACUCACUUAACAAGGGUGUAGGCCUAUGCAGCUGGCUUUACUCGAAGAUGUUUAACAAGUCAUUUGGUGCUCCCUUUGGAGGUGGAACUGGGGGAUUUGGUACAACAUCCACUUUUGGCCAACAAACCACAAGUUUUGGAGCAACAGGUGGUUUUGGAUCGUCAGCCUUUGGCACCACAAACACUACAGGUGGUCUCUUUGGAGCUGCACAGAAUAAACCAGGUGGGCUCUUUGGAUCUAGCACUUUCAGUCAGCCAGUAACUUCAGCCACCAGUAGUGGUUUUGGCUUUGGCACUGCAAGUGGAACAUCUAACAGUCUAUUUGGAAGCACCAACACUGGAGGAGGUGGUCUCUUUUCACAGCAAAGCAAUGCCUUUGGUACCAACAAACCAGCUUCCUUUGGCACCUUUGGGACCAGUACCAGCAGUGGUGGACUAUUUGGUGCAACCAAUACCAACUCGAACCCAUUCGGAGGCACCUCUGGGUCACUUUUUGGGGCAUCAAGUUUCACUCCUGCCCAACCAGGGACAACACUUAAAUUUAAUCCCCCAACAGGAAGUGACACCAUGGUCAAAGGUGGAGUGACAACCAGUAUCAACACAAAACACCAAUGCAUCACAGCCAUGAAGGAGUAUGAGAACAAAUCUUUGGAAGAACUCAGACUGGAAGAUUACCAGGCGGGUAGGAAGGGUCCCUCCAACCCUAUGACAGCUGGUACUGGAGGUCUGUUUGGGACUGCCGCUGCUGCUACACCCAGCACAGCUGCUGGGCUGUUUGGCUCCUCGGCAAACAAUACAGGCUUCUCCUUCGGACAGAAUAAGACCACAUUUGGAACUAGUACAGGUGGUUUUGGUACAGCAUCAGGCAGUCUUUUUGGUCAGCAGCCACCUCCCCAACAAACUGCCAGUCUCUUCAAGCCCUUUGGCCAAGCUACAACAACACAAACUACGGGGUUUUCUUUUGGCAAUACCAAUACUUUGGGACAGCCCAACACCAGCAGUAUGGGCUUGUUUGGUAACACAGCUGUGUCUCAGGCUGGAGGCCUGUUUGGGAACACUGCAAACACCAGCACAGCUACAGGGUUUGGUGCAAGUUCAGGGCUCUUUGGCCAGACCAACACUGGCUUUGGUAGCGUUGGCGCACAGAAUUUGUUCGGUAACAAACCUGGUGGUUUUGGGACAACCACUACAAGUGCCUCGUCCUUUGGACCUGGACUGUUUGGAAACAAGCCUACACUUACAUUGGGCAAUAACACAAACACUGCUAAUUUUGGUUUUGGUGCCAACCCAACUGGAGGAAGCCUCUUUGGUAACAAGACUGCAGCGAGUGGGCUAGGCACAGGCCUUGGUGCUGGCUUUGGUGCAGCUGUUGGCACUGGACAGACUUCUCUCUUUGGAAAUAACCAGAACAAGCUGGGUUCUACCUUAGGUACAGUGAAUGCUUUCGGAGCCUCUGCAUUUAACACUGGCACUAAUUCUCUUGGCCUUGGUGCCCCACAGCAACCCAUUUCCCUCACAGACCCGAGUGCAGCAGCAACACAGCAGGCAGUUCUACAGCAGCAGAUAAAUGCACUGGCAUACUCUCCCUUUGGUGACUCCCCACUUUUCCGGAAUCCCUUGUCCGACCCCAAGAAGAAAGAGGAGCGCCUGAAACCCACCAAUCCUGCUGCCCAAAAGGCUCUUGUUACAACAACCCACUAUAAGCUGACCCCUAGACCUGCAACACGUGUACGGCCAAAAGCACUUACUCCAUCGGGCACCUUAAAGUCAGUGCUCUUUGAUGGACUAGAUGAUGAUGAGCCCUCCUUGACCAAUGGAACCUUUGUGCCUAGGAAGAACAUCAAGAAGCUGGUGCUGAAGAAUCUUACUAGUAGCAGCCUUUCAGCUGUGGACAGGGACGUAGAUGACCUUGCGUCACCUCCAGAGUAUCCACUAAGUUGCAUAGAGGAGUCUGAAGAAGUGAACCAAUCAGACAUGGUUGGUGAAGAUUCUCCUACAUUGCCAGAAUCCCAUGACCAGCAGAGCACGGUGUGUGAUUUUAACUUAUCUAAAACUGGAGGUGAGGAGGAAAACAGAAAUGACAACACCUACUUGGACCCCAUCAACGAGGAGACUUUCAUGAAGGAUGACUCUAUUCCAGAGGAGCUACAGGAAGAACAGGAUGCACAGAAGUCCCCUCACCCAGCCGGGGUAGUUCUCCACCGUGUGGGCUACUACACUAUCCCAUCUAUGGAUGAGCUCAGCAGGAUGCUUAAUGAGAAUGGAGAGUGUGUGGUGGAUAACUUCACCAUUGGCCGGAAAGGCUAUGGCUCAGUAUUCUUCCCUGGUGCAGUGAAUUUGACCAAUCUGAAUCUGGAUGAAAUUGUGCAUUUUCGACGGAAGGAAAUAAUUAUAUAUCCUGAUGACAUGACCAAACCUCCGGAGGGGGAAGGCCUUAACAGACGAGCUGAAGUGACUCUAGAUGGAGUAUGGCCAAAUGACAAGACUACUUGUAGCCAGAUAAAAAGCCCUGAUCGUUUGGUCGACAUGAACUAUGAGGGAAGACUGGAGACAGCAUCCCGGAAGCAAGGUGCACGCUUCCUUGAGUACCGACCGGAGACAGGUUCUUGGGUAUUUGAGGUCGCUCACUUUUCCAAGUAUGGAUUACAGGACUCGGACGAGGAGGAAGAAAGCCAUUUGACAAAGACUGAUUUAAAGAAAGUCAAGACUGGGCUUGCACCUCCAGCUGCAGUUUUGCAGCCAGCACCCCCAAACCCUCAGCAGCUGGGGUCUCAACUGUCUCAGAAUUUGGUUUUACCUGAGCUUCUGGGCCAUGUGUCGGAGAUGGAUAGUGACAUGGCGGACAUUACUCAAGAGCCCACUGUAGAUGUUUUGGAAGAGGAAGAUUUUGGAAGUCCUGUGGCAUUAGAGCAUCAGCUGGCAGACCCUGACACUCUUGUCCAUCAACCACUUAUGUCAACUUCAAGUCACAUCCCUUCUUCCAUGGGUAUCAACCCUCACACACUUCAGAUCAUGAAGGCAUCUUUGUUUGUUGGGGAUGAUGAUGGAGACCCUUUCCAACAGGACGCAUCAGAGCCUCAGAUGUCCUCAUCUCUUCAAACUCUGAACGUAAUACAGGAAAGACGUUACGGACUGGGCAACACCAAAGGCCUUUUGACAUAUCGCCAAGAAGCACAGUGUAAUGCCUCACCUGCAAAGCAAAUCAAACAAUUUUUUAUGAGCUCUGACCCAUACAUGGCUUUGUCAAGCCACUGCCUCUCACAUACUCAACCAGUGUUAGAGGCAACUAUGCGCACAGUGGGAGUACGCCAUCUUGGUGGCCCUGUACCUAUUGCAAACUCGGUGACUCAGGGUAAAUGCCGGCUGCUCAUGGAUGCUGCCUUGUUUGCCGGCCGCUCAUUCCGUGUUGGUUGGGGCCCUGGAUGGAAGCUGGCACACAGUGGUGAAGCACUCUCUACCAACGGAGCCUCAGACAUCACCAAGGAACAACUCUGUGUUGACGGUAUAGGCUUUUCAGCUAAACCAACCACAAGCAAGACUGGUCCCUUCCAAGUCCACCUCGAGCAGUUGGGAAGUCUAGAAUCCACGGAGUCAGAGUUGGACCAGUUUUUGUAUCGGCAACCUCUGGAGAUUAGCCAGAAGUACGGUACCAUCAGCACUGAGGAGAACUGCCCCUUUAUUCAGCCGCAGCCUGGCGUGCAUGCGCUUCACGAUUAUGCUCAAUGGAUUACCAAGGUCAAUGAAGAUGGCAGCAGGAAUGCUGUGCUGAGCCAUUGGCAGCAGGUAUGGACUCUCUGCAAGGCACUGUGGGGUGGACUUACUGAAGCCAGUGAAGAAGAGAACGUUGAACAAAACUGUUGUGGCUCUUACAAACAGCAGCUAGAACGACGACAGAAUUUCUCUGCAUGGCUUGCUUGUGCAGCUGAAACGCGUAUUUGCCAGGAGCUUGGUGUGGCAACCCAGCAUAGCCCAACAGAGGCCAUCUUCAGCUACCUGACAGGACACAAGAUUAGUGAAGCCUGCAAGCUGGCACAACAAAGUGGGGACCACCGUCUGUCUUUGCUGUUGUCUCAGGCAGCAGGCUUGCCAUAUAGCCAAGAUCUUCUGGCACUUCAGCUUGGUGACUGGAACAGGAUGCAAAUAGGUUCUUGUCUACAGGAAGAGAGACUCCGUAUUUAUGCCCUCUUGGCAGGCAAACCAGUAUGGCAAUCUGGUAACAGCUGUAUAAAUGUUUGUGCGGAGCUGGACUGGCAGCGCUGUAUCGCGGUGCUGUUAUGGUACAUGCUUCCUCCCACUGCCUCUAUUUCUGACGCACUGACCAAAUAUGAGACCGCUUUUCAGGGUUCUCCUGAUGAACUGAAAUAUGCUUGCGCUCCCCUUCCUCCCUAUUUGGAGAGUUGUGAUCUUGCUUGCAUAGAAGAGGAAAUGGAGGAGGAAGGGGUCAAGAAGCCCUUGUACGACAUAUGCUUCCACUUGCUGAAACUCUACAGUGACCGACACCAUAACCUGCAGCAGCUAUUGGAUCCCAGCACAGUAACAAUCCAGCAACUUGACUACCGACUUUGCUGGCAUUUGUGGAAUGUCCUACAAGCAUUAAACUACACCCAUCUUUCACCUGAGUGCCAGGCCCGGCUCCACUCAAGCUAUGCUGCCCAACUGGAGAGUGCUGGCCACUGGGAGUUGUCCAUCUUUGUGUUGUUGCAUAUACCCAACUCGAUGCAGCGUGAGCGAGCUGUUCGUGAGAUGUUGUGCUCUUACUGCUCACUACUGGAGACUGAGGAUUCUGCAGAAAAGGAGUCUUUUCUGACAAAGGGGCUGAAGAUCCCUGUUCACUGGAUUCAUGAGGCUAAGGCCAUCCGUGCACGCCAUGAUUCAGACAAGCAUCAAGAAGCAUUGCACCUCUAUCAUGCCAGGAGCUGGAGCCAAUGCCACCGCUUGGUCAUUCAUCACUUAGCAGCAGACUGCAUCAUAAAUGACAACCACGACUACCUACUGCAUAUCCUAGAGGGACUUGCUGUGCCAGAGCGCCAUGCACAGAUACAGGACUGGGAUGUUUCUGGUAGAGUGUUUCUGGACUACAUCCAUGUCAUCCAAACACUGCAAUCCAUCCAGCAGAUGGAUGGUCCAGGCUAUGAGCUGGAAAGACUCUACACUGAGGUGACAUCCCUUUGCAGCAGAAUUGAGCUGCUCCCAUGCAUUUCAGCUAAGGAUAGACUUGCUCAGUCAGAAAUGGCAAAACGUUUGGCCAACAUCCUCCGUGCAGUCCUGACUUUGCAACAAGAGGGAGAUGCUACAUCAGACCUCCCUCUCAUCCCAUUGUGCUGCCUUGCGCCUCACAUUGGCCGGCUGCCUAUGCCUGAAGAUUAUGCUCUAGAAGAGCUCCGCAGCCUCACCCAGUCUUACCUACGUGAGCUCAUUUUCAGUCAGUGAAGUCAGUGACUGAAGUGGUGGAUCCACUGGAUAUGGAACAGGAGGGUUUGGUUUUAGUAGCUUGCAGAAGAAGCAGCACUGCUAUGAUCUUUUUCAGACAACACUGUUGAAAAGAUACUACUUUUGACAAUACAUUCCAUUCUGUACCAUUAUCACUAUUUUAUGUCCAUAUUGAAGUUUUGCUUGGUGAUGACUGGAGACUUAUUCUGCAGUCUUAAAAAAAAGUGCAAGUAUUGACUGCAAAAUGUUUUUACCCUUCAAGUGAGAGGUUUGGUAGAUAUGCCAAAUAUGUUUGAGCUUUGUCAGUGACCCUUUUUUUCCCUUCACAUUGUGUAGUCAUGGGAGGAGUCAUGAUGCUCUGAAGUUCAGGGUGUUACAGUGUGCAGUGUUUGUAAGGGCUUGUAGCGGGGUUCCAAUUCUUGUAUAUCUAAUCAAUUUUGUGUACCAAAAGAUGAAACAUAUAGGCAAAUGUUUAUAUUUUUGUAAAGUUUUAAAGGUAUAAAGUAUUACAGCAGCACUGUUGUGUAAUAGAGCCAAAAUGCACAGCUGAAGCAGUUCCAUCCACCAAUUGACACUUUUCUAUAAACACACCUUAUUUUCGCCCAUGGAACUUCCAUCCAACCCCCACCCCCACCAUUUAAUUAGUCUGUCCAGAACUACCGGAAAGAUUUUUGUAAGGUAUUCUCCACAAUAGCUGAAUCAUUGUUUAACUUUGUUUCCUCAUAUUAAAACCAUGAAUAAAAUAAUUUUCCUCCUUGAAA